CUUCUCAUUUGGCUACAACUCCGUGCACCUUUACAACCGUGACAUGACGACUCAAAUUUAGAAGGGUGAGUCGAUAUAGUCACGGUAGGCACGGUGGAGUCAGGUGGACCUGACGUAGUCCUUUAGUACAACAACGGCGUGCACGACAGAAAACUUAUGCAAUCAUGAAACGUCUGUUCUCCAAGUCAUCCAAGAACGCGACGAGAUCGAGCUCUGCCAAAACUUCUGCUCCCAGCGAGCUGCCAAUGGCUGGUCGUACAACAGCACUCCCCGCGGCCACGACUGGUCUGCAACCGAACUAUGUCGUUCCUCCAGUCCCACACCCCAAUCCUCACGAGCAUAUUGCGUUGCUCGCAUCAGAGGAUGGUCUGCUCAUGCGUCCGCAUCACGCGGGACUACCUCACCCCACGUCAUAUGUCCGCAUUUCAUGGGGCAAGACAGCAAACAUAGCAGAGCUGCCCAGUGAUGGCGGAAGCCCUUCUGUUGAUUGGAAAGAGAGCGUAGUCAUCUAUGGAAUUGUCGGUUUGAUGACCUUGUUCAAUGCCUCAUACCUCUUGGUCAUAACGUCUCGAUCUGACGUCGGGCAAUUGUUUGAUGCCUCACACUUGAUUUAUGGCGUGAAAAGCGUUGUAUCCAUACCCCUUGUCAAGGACCGUGCCAAAUCAAUCCUUUCACGCAUAUCAUCUCGUAACACGUCCGUAAACAGACCCUCACUUCUUGUGAGCGAUGUAGAUGAUAUCCAGUUCCUUGAUGAAGGGACCUCGGGGGGGCCUCACGUGAAAUUCGCAGACGAGGAGGAAGUGAAGAUCCUGACCCCACGCGAUCAAGUGAAAUUCUCCGUUAACAGUGCCGAUCGACCUGCCUCACCUGUAUCAUCCGGUGCUUCAACUCCUGCUUCCGAUGUGUCGAUGACCCAUUCUCCCGUAUCGACGAUUGCAAAUCACAUGUCGUUCUGGAGCCAUCUAUCGAAGCGCGCAUCAAGCGUAUCCGAGGGAGCAGAUAUAGAGGAGUCUCUCCUCGAUGAACAAGAAUUACUUAAUUCCAUAAUACAUGAUGCUGAGGGAGUACCUGACAAGGUGAUCAGUUCUAUCAUAGCUGCAACUGCGCCACCACCGGAUAGCUCAGGGGAGCGUAACUCUGAGCUAGAGAAACGCAUUUUACGCGGAUGUCUCAGAGAAUUCACGAAAGGCGACAUGUACUUUGCUCUACAUUUCGACAUCACAAGAUCUUUGCAGAACAAACAUGAGCAAUUUAUCAAGCUGCAUGCUCAAAACAGGCUACUUUCAGAGCUGGAUGCUCUUCCGAAAGAUACGACUGUUAACCCACUGGACGACACAGUGGACGCUCUCUUCGAGCCGUCUGCUACAAUGCCAUUGUGGAGACGGGUCGACCCUCACUUUUGGUGGAAUGAAUGGUUAUCCAAGCCAUUUAUGGACGCUGGUCUUCACUCUUACGUGACACCAAUAAUGCAGGGAUACAUUCAGAUUUCCUCGGUUGAUUUACCCAAAGAUACAUCCGCUACGCAAGAUAAUUCAGCGGGGCCCGUUGAUUAUAUUGUUAUCUCGCGACGUUCCAGAGAUAGGGCUGGUUUGCGAUAUCAGCGUAGGGGUGUGGACGACGAAGCUCAUGUAGCUAAUUUUGUGGAAACGGAAGCAAUCAUGAGGGUUCAGAGGAAUGGAAUAAGCAACGUUUUUAGCUAUGUGCAAAUCCGAGGCUCAAUUCCGCUAUUCUGGACGCAAUCGGGUUACAGUAUGAAGCCACCUCCUGUCCUUGCACCCGACAGAACCCCUGCACAGAAUUUGGACGCUAUCAAACGCUAUUUCCGUCGCGCUAUCCCUGUUUACGGUCCACACACCAUUGUCAAUCUUGCAGAACAACAUGGGAAGGAGGGAAUGAUCGCAAAUGCAUAUCGUGAAUAUGCAACUAAACUGGAUGCUAAGGAUGUUCGAUACUGCGAGUUCGAUUUCCACCGCGAAACGAGGGGAAUGAAGUACGAAAAUAUUUCCAGGCUCGUCAAUCAACUCGAACGUGUGUUUGAAAGCCAAGGGUAUGGAUUUUCUGUCAUCCCACUUUCUUCGAUAUUGCGAACUCGAUAUGAUAGGUUCUUCUGGGUUUCGAACAACAUGCUCCUAUCAAAACAGAAGGGUGUAUUCAGGGUUAAUUGCAUUGACUGCCUGGACCGCACUAAUGUUGUCCAAUCUGCCUUUGCAAGGCAUGUGAUGAGCAUGCAGCUUGAGGCUGUAGGGCUUCUGAGUCCUCCCCAAAGCGGGAAGUCGGGAGUGGAGGUUAUCUUUAAUGAUGUCUGGGCCAACAAUGGUGAUGCGAUCAGUCGUGCAUAUGCUGGCACAUCUGCCUUGAAGGGUGAUUUUACUAGAACUGGGAGGCGAGACUUGAGGGGUAUGCUCAACGAUGGUGUAAACUCCCUUGCUAGAAUGUAUAGCGCAACCUUCAGCGACUGGUUUUGCCAAGCUGUCAUCGACUUUAUGCUUGGCUACAGGACUCUCUCUGUUUUCGAAGAAUUUCUCAUCAAGCUACAGUCGACCGACCCUAGAGAACUCAUUCGCCUGUCAAAGAUCAGGGCAGAAGCUAUAGCAACUUCUGUCGCUCGCGUAUUGUCUGAGGGUGAAACUUUGAUAUCCGGGUGGACGAUCUUUAGCCCGGAGCAAUUAAAUGUUAAAUUCGACGAUCGAUUCGAGGAGAAAGUGUUGCUAUUGAGUGCCCGCGCUCUGUACAUUGUCAGCUAUGACUAUAGCUUGGAGAAGGCCAAGAUGUAUAUCUGCAUCCCUCUUAGUGCGAUCGCACGACUUGAGAAAGGCGCUUAUAUCAUCUCUCCUCUGGAAGAGGCGAGCAGGGAUCCCGUGCAGAACGCUGGCUUUUCGGUUUACUGGCAUGCCAGCGAUAAAAUUAGCAUGCGCAUGACGAGUUAUUCAAUCAGAAACUGUCCAGAAGACACCCCGACGAGGUCGCCGCCAGCAGUCUCGGUCAGUAGCUCCAGUCAGUUCAAGCCAAUGCUGCCACGUCGCGAGCCAACGAAGACCGCCAACCUGUCGGGUAUCAUGUCUAAAGUUGUGGAAAACGCAGCUGGUUCGACCAAUGUCUGUUUUGCGGCUUUCAAAGCGCUCCCAGUGGACCCUGCUCGAGUUAGAAGUGGAUCCAGCACUGGAUAUGCAGAGCCUGCAGAUGACCUCGCAGGAGCGACUAAUUGCAAACAAGUCGUUGACAUGAUGGUAGACAGCAUCAAGCGAGCUUGUGAAGACGCAGGGAAUUCCCCUGUUAUCAUAUAUCGCGAUGUAGUCAGUCUUACUGAAGCUCAGAAGAUGACCAGUAUCUAUGCCAAAAUGGAGUAUGGCGUCAAGAGGUUAAUUUGGCUGGGAGGUUUGGUGUAGUAAUGCGAGGUCUGAUUCUAUGCAAUGACUUACUUCUUUGACUCUUUGCUAUCACAAUAGGCAACACGAUGGCGAUAGGCUGAGACCAGUCUCCCGUCACUACAUAGACAGACUCCUGUUUUUGAAUCCUUGGUUCUUGUCCAAUGGGUCCAAACCCUAUGAUGGACACUACCUACAAUAGACAGACCCUUGAUCCAAUAGUAACACAAUGACGGCAGACUGGCUGAGACCGAUCCACUCGGGAGUCAGGACAAAGUCAUAAUAGAUGUAGUUAUUUAAUAACUUAUAUAAUUUCUCUCC